CACUCUACCAAGACGGAGCACACCAUUCCUGCGAGCCGAGCUUUUUGGCGCAUCAAGCAAGCUGCCCAGCGGCCGCCGUCCAUCCGUGAGGUCGACGACGCCCUCCGUCGAUGGGAAGAAAAUGGGGAAGCGGCCCUCGUCGUUCCAUCACCGCUGGCAUCACGAGGUGCUUCUCCAACCGUCGUUGGCGACAACUUGCCGCUCACGGUAGACAAAGGUGAAUUCUCCGAUCCGGCUUCGGCAUAUUUGGCUCUUGUAAAUGCAGCGGCACAGGGCGAUAAGGAACAUGGAGACAUGGUUGCGGCUGCGGUGCAUGGUGCUGAUGCGGUGCACGAUACUGUUGCUGUGGCACAUGAUGCCGCUGCGGCGCGUGAUGAAGCGGCUGUUGUGGCAGCCGCUGCAGCACUGGCGGAUGAUGUGGAACGCGGCACGGCGGCAUGCGGCACUGCAGUGCAUGAUGUGGAACGCGGCACUGCUGCCGCGCACGACGUCGCGGUGGAUGCUGCCGCGGCGCACGACGUAGCGAUGGAGGCUGCCGCGGCGCACGACGUCGCUGUGGCGGACGACGACACCGCAGACAAGGAGCAGGAUGAGGCGGCUGCAGCGGCAACGGCGGUUGCUGUUGCGCACGACGUUGCUAUGGUGCACGACGACACCACGUCCAAGGCGCAGGUUGAGGUGGCUGCAGCGGCAGCUAUGGCGACCGCUACGGUUCAGGAUGAUGAGGCCGUCGCGGACAAGGGAGAGGCGCCGGUGGAGGACGCAGAGGACGAAGCGGCAAGUGGCGACAUGACAACUAUGCCGCACGAUAGAGUGGCCGUGGUGACCCGCUCUGCUGUUUUGCUGCCGGGCGACAUGGACCACGCUGCGCUAGAUGACAUGGCUGUGGUGAUUCCCCCUGCCGCGAUGCUACUGCAAGACGGGGAGCAGGCUCCUACCACCCCAACAUCUCCAGUUGUGCCGUCCACGCCGACCAUCAGAGCUGCUGUCGACGGCGCCAUGAGCGUGCUGUUCAAGCCAUUGGAACCAGCGCUUCUCACCAUUCCACUCGAAGAACAACAGGUGCAACAGAAUGAAGUGCAGGCCGAGGAUGGUGCCAGGCGGAGCGCCAGACUCGCCAUGAAACCUCUCGCCGGCAUCCCGAUGGUCGUAAAGGCACAAAUCAAUGUCUGUCGCCAAAUGGGUUUCCUUCCAGUAGGAGGAGUCCUCACUAACCAAACACUUGCUGACUACAAGGCGAUGUUCAACACGCCCCUACCGCAGGAUGCGAUCGACGCACUCAACACCCUCUUCAACCUCAACAACGAACACAUGCAAGAAAGAGAUGAAGCGAUGGCAGCCUACUUGGGGCCGGUGGACGCAGAGGCUGUCAUGGGUGAGGUGGUCAGGGCAACCUAGACCCAUGCCAAGAAGCAUGGAUCGUCCGUCCUGAAGUGUCUUUUGUUUCCCUCAUGUGCGAAAACUACAAAUGCCUACCGACGCUGGUUAAUUCUGCAAAUGUCGUCUUAAUCCCGAAAAAAGAAGGUGCAGAGUGCAUCGCGGACUACCGACCGAUCAGCCUCAUCCACGGAGUAGUAAAGCUCAUCUCUAAGACCCUGGCCAACAGGCUACAGCCUUUCAUGAACUCCGUCGUCAGCCAUGCUCAGAGUGCUUUCAUUAAAAAGAGAAGCAUCCAUGACAACUUCAUGUACGUCCGUAACCUGGCGAGAAAAUUCCACCAGACGAGAAAGCCCAGUCUCCUGCUCAAGCUCGACAUUACAAAGGCAUUCGACACAGUCCGUUGGGACUACCUACUUGAUCUUAUGCAGCAGAAAGGCUUCCCUACGAGAUGGAGAGAUUGGAUAACAAAUAUUCUCAGGAGUUCUUCUUCGCGGGUGCUUCUCAAUGGAGCCCCUGGCCCUCCUAUAAGACAUGGGCGUGGGCUCAGACAAGGCGAUCCUCUAUCCCCCCUCCUAUUCGUCUUGGCCAUUGACCCCCUACACCUUCUCCUCGAAAAAGCGACAAGCGAGGGGCUGCUAACUAAACUCAACGGACGAGCUGCGCGGCUAAGAACCUCCUUAUACGCCGAUGACGCUGCGAUCUUCAUCUACCCCUCGGUCCAGGACAUGACCAACCUCGCGCAAAUCCUGACCCACUUUGGUGAGAUCAUGGGUCUUAACACAAACUUGGCCAAGAGCCAAAUUGUGCCAAUUCGCUGCGAAAACAUAAAUUUGCAGAACAUCACCGAAAUCUUCCCAGCACAAGUCACCCAUUUCCCGAUGAAAUACUUGGGUCUCCCACUCGCUCUCUCCAAGCUCAAAAAGGUGCACGUUCAACCCCUUCUUGACAAGUGUCGAAAAAAAUGGCUCCAUGGCAAGGCAAACUUUUGAACGCAGCUGGUCGCAUGGCCCUCACGAAAUCAGUGCUGACAGCCCAACCAAUCUAUCAUAUGACGGCACUAAAGCUACCGGAUGGCACUCUGGAAGCCAUCGAUAAAACCAGACGAAAAUUCCUAUGGGCUGGAGGAGAAGACAUCUCAGGGGGAAAAUGCAAGGUUAAUUGGGAAAGCAUGUGUAGACCCAAAGAGUUGGGAGGGCUUGGCGUCCUGGACCUCUUCAAGUUUGCAAGAGCCCUUAGACUGCGAUGGCUUUGGUUUGAAUGGACUGCGCCAGAAAGGCCUUGGACAGGCACCAUUGUCCCUUGCGAUCAGCUAGACAAAGACCUCUUCGCAGCAGCAACCACUAUAACUAUUGGAGAUGGGAGGACGGCGAACUUCUGGCACUCCCACUGGAUUGAAGGCAAAUCGCCAAAAAGCAUCGCUCCGGCAAUUUUCGCCGCUUCAAAAAGGAAGAACAGAACAGUUCGAGAAGCUCUGACUUCCAAUUCCUGGAUCAGAGACAUUAACCUCCUACAUCUCACAUCCGGUGACCACCUUCGGCAAUACAUUGAGCUGUGGACCCUCAUUCACAACAGAGCCCCCUGGGACAACAGCGUGACACCAUCACCUGGAAACUAACUCUCAUCGGGGAGUACACCACGAAAUCAGCGUACAGACUUCAGUUCUUGGGGGCAGCAAAAUCCUUUUUCAACGAGACGAUCUGGAAAUGUUGGGCGCCGCCAAAAUGCAAGUUCUUCGCAUGGUUGGUUAUGCAAAACCAGGUGUGGACGGCUGAUCGACUCCAAAAACGAGGCUGGAGAAACCAACAGUAUUGCCCACUUUGCCACACUACAUUGGAAACGGCAGUCCAUCUCCUCGCUCACUGCAGAUUCUCCCAACGCAUCUGGCUGGAUAUCCAAAGAUGGACUGGUCUUAAUCUCAACAUUCACAACUGGGACAGAUGUGCCUCCGUGGAGGAUUGGUGGUAUCUACUCAUGCACAGUCGGCAAAAUCCGACCAAGGCCGUCAAGACCCUAAUCAUCCUCAUCUCCUGGGAACUAUGGUGCACGAAUCUUUUGACACAAUGGCAGCCCGCCAACGGCGGUGGUCAACAAAAUAAAAGGAGAAGUGGCUACGUGGGUCCUUGCAGGGGCAUCUAGUCUGAGUGCGUUUACUACUCUGGGAGGAAUCCCGUAGAGUCCCCCCCCUCUAUCUGUUGUAGGGCCAUGUAAAUAUCAGUCAUGUUUUUUUACUUUCCUGCUCUAUCAAUAUAUACGAGGCAAAGCUUUUGCCUUCUUUUCAA